UUUGCUAUGGUUAUUUUCAUAUGUGUAACUUGUCGUUGUUUGAAAAUAAAUACCCGCCUUUUUUACAUUUUUCUCAUAUAUCGCAGCAAGGUUAAAAUAUUAUUUUCAUGAAAUGGAUUUCUCUGGAGAAAUUGAAGGGACAAAAAAGUGCUUCAACUGCGACUAUCAGCUGUACGACAACGUAAACAUAAAUUACGACGAAGCAACAUCUAUGAUAGCUCUCUGGAAUAAAUUUCAAAUAUUGGUCUACGAAAAUCGCAAUUUGGAGAGUACAGCGAAAAUAUUUAUGCCAGAUUUUCAAAUCCAUGAUUUAAUUGUGUGUAACAACUAUAUUGUAUGUCUGGACAAUAAUCAUUGCGUUCACACAACAUCAUUAAAAUUUAAAAGCCCUGCUCAAAAACGAUUUAAAACUAGUUUCCAAUUAAAAGUACAAGAUGUUGCGGUGUUUUCUCGUUACCAUGAAGACUAUGUUCUAUGUCUACAAUAUGAAGCCGAAUGUUACUACCUCUGUCUUCACAAACUUAAUGCAAGUUUUCAAUUAGAGAAAAAAGUUGCAAUAAAACACUCUGGACCGUGGCCUUUACCUAAACCUAAUUUAAAUAAGUGUUUACUAACAUCAUUUCAUAUUGAACCAGUACAUUUUGAUUCAAUAAAGAAAAUUUAUGAAGUUAGUGAGACAGUGUCUAUCGACUGCUCCAUUUUAUUGAUGUCUUUUGACAAUUUAACAGUUUACAGUUGUUUAUUUAGCAAUAAAAUGAUUGAGGAACAAGUUACAAUUGUAAAAUUAUACACAUGCCCUUCAGAAAUAUGUAAUAUAGAAAUUAUAGCAAAAGAAAACUUAUCUCUAUUAAUUUCAUUAAAAAUGGGAACUUUAAUAACAUUAGAACUACAAGACACAUCCAUGGAGCCAAAAAUAAUUCAUUUGAACACAGCAAUUUAUAAAUGUUUAAGACAGAAUGACAAUAUAAUAUACACAGAUGGUGUAACAAUGUGGUCAUCAACAAACACAUAUUCAGAUGUCAAUAUAAAUCUUCGACAGUUUAUUGUGAAUCAGGUUAAAGAUUUUGCUAAAUGUGGAGAUUAUCUAAUAUGUACAUCAUAUUCUAAAUUGAUAUAUGUUAUACCACUUGAUGAUGAUACAUCAUAUAUUAAAGCAUCAAAUGAUCCGUACACACCCGCAGAGAAACUUCUAAAUAAUUCUGAAUAUUUAUAUAAAAUAUUAGAAGAAAUUGAGAUGAACAAUGAUGUUAUAAAGAAAGUUCAAGAAGAAAGCAAUUAUAUUACAACACUCUCAUUAUCAAAUAGGCAGGAUUUAGUGGAGGACAUAAUACAACACAGCAUUGUUGUAUAUGAGAAUUAUCAAGAAGCUAUACAGGAUAAUAAAGAUUUAAUACUUGCAGAUAAUAUGUGGGAAUAUUUUAAAGCAGAUACAUUAUUACUUGUUGUUAAGAUUACCACAACUACACUGCAACAUAUGUUCGCUAAUAUGAUAUCUAAUUUAUUAAAUGAUUUAAAGAUACAUGUAACACUAUCAAAUGAUUUAAAAAUACUUAAAACUACAAGUGUGAAGUUAAAAGGAGCAUUGAGAAAAGUAAAUAUAUUAAUAGGGUUAAAUAACAAAAAUAUCAAAAUAUUUGAAGUGAAUGCUUUAAUAAAAAUUAUAGUAAAAAUACCAGGUGCUCAUGAUCGCAAACAGUUUUUAUGGGCUACUUUGUAUAAGAAAGAAUUUCCAUUAAAUUCAGAGCAUUUCAUAAAAACUGCUAAUGAUUUUACUAAUAUAUGUCAUAUGAAUGAAUCAGGUGAUACAAUAGAAAAAUUGAUAUAUAAAGUAGCAUACAAUCAGCAUAAGCAUAUAUUUCAAUUUAUUGAUGUAUCAAAAACCAAAACAAAUUCCUCAAAUUGGUCUUUGUACUUGAAACUUCCAGUCAAUUAUAGAGAGAUAUUAAAAAAUGACAGUUACUGCAGAAAACACCUAAGUGUGAGUAGAGCAAACUUCCUCGUUGAAGAAUAUACAAGGGAGGAAUUUUUAGAUUCCAAAAGUGAUGUAUCAUUUGAUAUUGGUGAUGAAAAAGUUAAAUUAGAAAUAAUCAAUGAUGAUCCUACAUGGCCAGUAUUAAAAAUUACAAGUGUGAAUAUAAAGUUAUCAUUUAACAUAAGGAAUUUCUUUUCAAAUAUAAUUUAUAAUAAUUUCAAGAGCCACCGCACAGAAAGAGAGUAUGUGAUCUAUAACUUAUACACUGUCACAGAGACUCUUCAAAGGGAUUUAAAAGCAUGCAUUAUGGAGAAUUACUCCCUAGAAAGAUUCCGCCCACUAGCAGAGCAGUUUCAACGGAGUAUUAUAGGUGCCCUCCCUAUAUGAUACUCAUUUGUUCACGCAAACGUGAUUUGUAAUUUUUAUAAAGACUGAAGAAUUCAACAUUGUCCUAUGAUGUUAUGAUCAUUUGUAAAAAUAUGAUUCCUUCCCAUAAUUGUAAUAAAUAGUGGUCAAUUAAUUUUAAUUAGCAGAUUGAAUACAUGUUCUCUAUUAGGCAAUCCGUCUGUCUAAUGAUUAAUUGUAUCAGUGAUGACGCACCGCUAAACCGCUAGACCAUCUAGCAGUUUAGCUGUGUGCUAAACCUUCCAUUUCUUUCCAGUGGCAAUAGGUUCGAAUCCUCGCACGAUGCAAACAUUUGUAUUCAUUAGUAUUGUAUCGUUCUAGGUGUUUCCUAUGUAUAAAAAUAUAUUUUUGUAUUUAUAUUACUUGUCCCAUAACAAGCUCUCCUUAGCUUUGGCCUAGGAGCUGCGUACAGUGGAGGUUUAUUUUUAUAUAAUUAAUUGCAUUGUGAUAUUGAUUAUUAUUGAUGUUAAGUAAAA